AUCACUAAUUAUAAAUGAAUUUUAUUAUCACAAUUUCUGUAAUGUAUAUCAUCAACAAUUGAACACCUGGCAUGACGUUCAUCCAGCAACUCAUCUUGAUUUAUUUUGCGUGAAUAGACAGUUGUAAUAGUGUGGUACUAGUUAACAAGUGUUGACUACGUCGUUGACUCCAUUUGUUCAACAAUCGUGACUGGAUACCGAAAGCGAAUACCAAACACCCAUCGACGGAAAAUCGUCUUUUACAUUUGUUUUUUUUAAUAUGUCAUACACCGUGGAGUACAUACAGAAUAAGCUGUCUGAAAAGCUGAAGGCUUCUCACGUGGAGGUUGUAGAUCACUCAGAUGGUUGCGGGACUAAAUUAGUCGUGUUAGUCGUCUCAAACUCGUUCGCAGGAAAGCCUAUGCUACAAAGACACAGACUAGUCAAUUCCACAUUGAAAGAAGAGUUGAAAAGUAUACAUGCUUUCUCUCAGAAGACCCUUACGCCAGAGGAGUGGGAAAAACAGAAGGCUUAACUGUGCAUGUCUUUAUUGAUGUCGUUAUAUUUUGUUAUUCUAUAAAAUAAUUAUCAAAGUUUUAUACACAA